AUGCUCUUCCUUCUCCACUCCUUCCCAUUAUACCGCAUGCCAACAUAUUUCCCUCCCAACGUCCCCAAACCUCUCUCACCUUCCUGCCCCUCACUCACACUUCUCCUACCCCUUCCGCAAUUCCUUUCUUCCCAAAUCCCCCGCCUCCCCCGGCCCCUCCCGCAACCACCAGACUGCCUCGAGGUGCCCGAGGAGCUGGCUGUGCUCUUCAACUUCACCCACACCGUGUGCCUUGGUACACUGCAACCGCUGGCAGGCUUGCAUCGUAGCAGGAAAGCCAGCAGCGGUAGCAGCAGCAGGGGGGCAGCGAUGGAGGAGCAGGUAUCGCUGAUGUGCGAGCAGCUGCAGCUGGCCCGCCGCUUGCACCACCCCAUCGCCCUGCACUGCGUUCAGGCGUAUGGACACAUGCUCACAGCCCUGCAGCAGCACGGCCCAUUCACUGCAGGAGUCAUUCUGCAUUCCUUCAACGGCCCUCCAGACAUGAUCCCAGCGCUCAUUUCUCUCAACGCCUUCUUCUCCUUCUCCCGCCUCUCCGCCUCCUCGCCCCCCCACAAGCUCGCACACCUCCUGCACCAGGUGCCUCUAGAUCGCCUCCUACUGGAAACAGACUCACCUGACGGCCUCCCCCCUUCCAGGCGCAAGGGGAAGGAGGGCAGCACUGGGAGGGGCGGGGGAGAAGACGGGAAGGCGGGGGAGGGGUGGGGAUGA